AUGUCCGAGAGUGCAGGAGGGUGGGUGCCUUGCCAAGCCCCUGCAGGGUGUCUUGCCCUGUCUGUGGGUAGAGGGCUUAAGGGGACAGUUGAAUUAAAAAUAAUCUUUUCUCUCUCUUUUUUGUUUUUUUCUUGGCUAUCAGGUAUCCUUGAAUUCAUCAGUGUAGCAGUGGGACUGGUCAGCAUAAGAGGCGUAGACAGUGGCCUUUACCUUGGAAUGAAUGAGAAGGGAGAACUCUAUGGCUCUGAGAAACUAACUUCUGAGUGCAUCUUCAGGGAACAGUUUGAGGAAAACUGGUAUAACACUUACUCCUCCAACGUGUACAAACAUGGAGAUUCUGGGCGGCGAUACUUUGUAGCACUUAACAAAGAUGGUACUCCCAGAGAUGGAGCAAGGUCCAAAAGGCACCAGAAGUUCACGCAUUUCCUGCCCAGACCUGUGGAUCCUGAAAGAGUUCCAGAACUGUAUAAAGAUGUGCUAGGAUACAGCUGAGGAGAGAGGGACAUUUGGAAAGAAAAUCAAACCACUGUUAUUUCGUCUUGCUUGUUUUCAAAUGACAAUACUGGCACAAGAGAUUUGAAGAAGCUACUCUGUGAUGGAUAGACCUCUAUUUUCCAAAGUUUGCAUUUAGGAGACAAAGCCUUAAUACUAACUGCUGACCAGCCUCCUUCAAACUUGCUGAACUGUGUAGCAACCAGUAACAAGAGGGAAGUUGGAGUGUGACUUUCUUCAAAAUUAUAAACUCUUGGUGAUUUUUGUCUGGACUACUUAUGGCCCAUAAAUUAUCAAAAAAAAAAAAAA